AUGGACAUGGAGAGCUACCCAGACCAAGGGGGGAGCGCCUCGGCACCCAAUGUCACAAACUGCACCGUCCCACCUGCCAGCAGCCUGCAGGAACUGCAACUCACAGACGGUAUGGUGGCCGUGGUGGUCCUCCUCAGCCUCCUCACCCUCCUCACAGCACUCAUCAAUGCCGCUGUCAUUGUCGCCAUCUGCACCACCAAGAAGCUCCACCUGCCAGCCAACUACCUCAUCUGCUCUCUGGCCGUCACCGACUUCCUGGUGGCAUUGCUCGUGAUGCCCGUCAGCAUCCUCUACAUCACCAUGGAGACGUGGUCCCUAGGUCAGGUGGUCUGCGAGCUGUGGCUGAGCAUGGACAUGACAUGCUGCACGUGCUCCAUCCUGCACUUGUGCGUCAUCGCCCUGGACCGCUACUGGGCCAUCACCAAAGCUAUCGAGUACGCUCGCAAGAGGUCUGCCCGCCGCGCCGCCAUCAUGGUGGGAAUAGUGUGGGUCAUUUCGGUUUUAAUAUCCAUGCCGCCGUUGUUCUGGAGGCAGAGGCCGAGCAGCAGCAGCCGCCAACAAUGCGUCAUAGAGCACGAUCACCUGGGAUACACUAUUUACUCAACUUUUGGGGCGUUUUACAUCCCCAUGAUCAUCAUUCUUAUCUUAUACUACAGGAUUUACAACGCCGCUAAAACUCUGUACCAGAAGCGCGGCUCUUCUCGGCACCUCAGCAGCCGGAGCAUGGGCAGUCAGAACUCCGUUGACCAUUGCCGGGUCUCACACACAUUCUGCGUGUCGGACUUGUCCAACUCAGACCCCACACUGGCUACUGACAAACUAACCGCCACCAUUCGCAUGCCGUCCUUUGAGACAGACAUGGACGGGCAGGAGGAGAAGAAUCAGAUAUGUACAUCCCGUGAAAGGAAAGCGGCUCGAAUCCUCGGCCUCAUCCUCGGGGCCUUCAUUAUCUGCUGGCUGCCGUUCUUUCUGAAGGAGGUCCUGGUGGGUCUGCACGUGGUCCAGCCUUCUCAGCCCAUCUCGGACUUCCUGACCUGGCUGGGUUACAUCAACUCUCUCAUUAACCCACUGCUGUACACCAGCUUCAAUGACGACUUCAAGCUGGCUUUUAAAAAGCUACUCAAGAGAAAAGAACACGCAUAG